GUCCUCCUAAGCGAAAUGCAGAAGCAUACAGAGGCAGAAAACAGGAGCCAACCAUGAAUGUCCUUGCUAUAUGUAACUUUGAUAUGAAGUUCAUAUAUGCUUAUGUGGGUGUGCCGGGUAGAGCUCAUGACACAAAGGGUUUUGCCUCGUGGGGAUGGCUGCCGCCAAAAUUGAAGAGAUGGUUUAUGAAGACAGGAUCAGUGCUUUACCAGAAGAUCUGCUUGUGACAAUACUGUUGCAUGUCCCGAUUAAAGAUGCAAUUGCCACCAUGAUUUUGUCUAAACGAUGGCGCUUUAUCUGGACGAUCCUGCCUAAACUUGAGUAUGAUUUCUUUUCUGAUGGUGAUGAAGAUGACGAUGAUAAAGUUGUUGAUAAUGAUGAUGAUGAUGAGAGCAAGAAAACUAGUUGGUGUUUUUUUGAUAAGUCAAUGGAACUCCACAAAGCGCCUGUUUUAACAACCUUGCUUAUCAAACUUGGUCCUGGAUGUUCUAGUGAUAUUGAUGUCAGAAAGUGGAUUGCUAAAGCUGUUGAUCACCGAGUGGUUGUGCUAAGAUUCAAGCUUUCAUGCUCCAACGGCCCAACCAGAUUGCCUAAAAGAAUUUACACAUGUGGAACACUCAAGGAACUAACUCUCGCUCACAAAGUUCUUUUGGAUUUCCCAUCGUCUUGUUUCCUCCCAUCCCUCGUGUUUCUUGAACUUCUCUUUGUGGUCUAUAAAGACGAUGCUUCUCUUGAUAGGUUUUUUUCGCAUUGUCCAGUUCUUAAUAUUUUGGUGGUGAAACGAAACAGACGAAACAGGGAUGACAAUAUAACAAAGUUUAGUGUGAAAAUUCCUUCUUUAGAAGGCUUAUUCUAUGUUAGUGAUGAGAUUAUUUCGUCACUGCCAGAUGAGGAUGAGGUAGUAGAUACCGGUAAGUGUUUGGCUAUAGAUACUCCGGCAUUAUUAGACUUAACCAUCAUUGAUCAUUCUGGAGACUCUUUCUCGAUUGAGAAUAUGCCUUGUCUUGAUUUUGCAUUAAUCAAUGUAAAGUCUUUCCCCGAUAUCGACAAGUCGAAAACAUCUCUUUCAGCAGUCCGGUCUCUUGUGUUGUAUAUGACCGAUCAAGUGAUUUUUCCCUUUAGCACCGUCAAGUUCUCUCGACUUAUGAAGUUAAGAAUAUGUCCACAUAGAUCAGACUGGUUGGAAGCACUCUUACUUUUACUUAAAAAUUCUCCAAAACUUACAGAACUUUUGGUCGAUUAUGCAUUUACCCCAGAUGGGAUCCCACUUUCAUGGAACCAACCAAAUUCUAUUCCUGGAUGCUUGUCGUCACAACUCAAAUUUUUUGAGUAUAGAGAAUAUGGAGGCAGAAAAGAAGAGAAAGAAUUUGUGAUGUAUAUCCUAGCUAACUCUAAGCGUUUAAGGAAGGCGAUAAUCUCUGUGAAACCCGAUCUUGAAAAUAAAAAUUUGAUCAUCGAGGAGUUAAGAGAUAUUCCGAGGGUCUCAACUUUUGUCGAAAUGAUAUGUGUUGGAUGAUGCAUGCAUGUCCUAAUGUUUUAUGUACCUUCGUUGUUUUGAACAUGUGAUGGUUUUCCUUUAUACUAAAAUUAGAAAGUCACCAGCUAUAUGUCGCAUAGACGAUCUUAUAGUCUAUGUCUCUGUGGGGGAUCUAUGUAUAACAUGAGAAUACAAACGAAGUCACUAUGGUUUGGUACGGUAACAUACUUACUCCUGAUCAAAACAUUAACUAGAACUAAUUAAAGAAACUUAUAUUCUUAUACAACAAAACUCCUCUGCACUUGUUUUAUUCAGCAUUAAGAAACAUUUCAGCUCUAACUAAUUUCUGCCACUCGCAAGUUACAAUAAUAAGGCAAACACACGUUUCAACCCAAAUCCAGGAACCAAAAAAGACUAUGAGGUUUCUUCUUUGCUAUAUUCACAAUAAUUAGGAGAUAAUUAUGUUCAGCUUGCAAAUUGCUUGACAGCUACAAAAACAUACCAAGUGCUGAGUUUAGGGAUGUUAAGAUGGGUUUAGGUUCGCGGGCUUUUAAUGGGUUCUGAAAAAAAUAAAUGUCCAUUUAGACCCAUUAAGCUAGUCGGGUUUUAAAUGGGUAACCCACUUGAGACCCAUUUAUUAAAUGGGGUUUUGCUAAAAUAAACGGGAACCCGUUUAAUCCACUAAUAUUUUUUUUUUGUUUAAACGUUGUCGUUUGGUUUCUUAAGGGCUUUUAGUUUUUUUUUUCCGUUUUCAUCUUCGAUAUCGAUAUCUCUCUGCUGCUGCGACUUCGACUUCGAUAUCUCUGACGAGAUAGGCCGUAUCCCGACCCUCCUCCGCCGUUUAUUUCUGAACCUGAGCUGCAACUCCUUCGCCGGAGCAAUCCCGUCGCGGUUCUCUAGCCUCGUCAAUCUCGGAACUCUCGACAUCUCUCACAACAAACUCGCCGGAAACCUAAACGUCUUGGGCAAUGUAAUAUAUUACAGGAUCUCUUUGAAUUGGAAAGAAGCCUUGGGAGUAAUGUAGGAAACACAAGAACACAUUUAGAUGUGUAUCUGGAUGAGAAGAGGUUAGAUAGAAGGUCUUUUCGCAAUUUGGAUGUAUUAAGCUAUUGGAGGGAAAACCAAGCUCGAUUUGGUGAUUUGGCGAUGAUGGCACGUGAUAUACUGAGUAUCCCUAUCACCACAGUAGCAUCUGAAUCAGCUUUCAGUAUUGGAGCUCGGGUGUUAACUCCAUACCGAAGUCGCUUGCUUCCCAAGAAUGUCCAGGCUUUACUCUGUACUCGUAACUGGUUGCGAGGAUUUGCAGAGUAUGAAGGUACAAUAGAAGAUGUUGAUGAUAUGUGCAACGAAGAUGCUAGGAAGACUACAAGUACUUCUGGAGUCGAGGGUUCAAGAUCAGAAGAUUCAAAUGUACGUUGAACAUUUGAGAACAACUGUGUUCAGCCACUCUCAAACUGGUGGUAAAGCUAGGCUUACUGAGGGUUGCUCUUUCAGGAAAAAGUGAAAUCAUCGUCUUAUCUUUUCACAAAAUGUUGCUGUGAUAUUCAGUUUGGUUUUCUUUGCAGCAGACUCGACACUUUGCUUCUUUUGGUGAAACAAAUAAUUUAUUGAUACAUAUUUAUUUUCA